GAAGAAGAAGAGAAGUUAGAGGGAAAUCGCCGUGGAAGCCAACGGGGAAGAAGUUUAGGUUACAGUUUCUUCUAUUCUCUGAACCCAUCAAAGUAUUCCGUAACCCUAGAUUUUCUUUACCCAAUUACUUCAUACUUUUUGUUUUUUUGGGCCGGCUUUGGACCGUGGGGCUCGCAAUUCUCGAGAAUUAUUCAAAAAAAGUUUCAUUUUUAGCGGUGUCGGUAGAAGUUUUGAAACCCUAGAAUCCGAGAUGGAAAACUGCUGUUUCCUGGAGUUUGAGGGUUUCUUCUUCCAACAUCUCCACAGAUCAUAACAUAGGAUGAGCAGUAGUCAGCACUUCUUUUACCCCUCUCUAUUUGCUUGAAUCAUUUGUGAGAGAACUCUGAUCUCGCCCUGUAAUACCAUUUUAUAUACCCUUCCCAUUUAGUCCUGGAACAUGAUGUCACCUGUGCCCGUUUCACAGUUUCAAAUUUGAUGCUGCUGGUGCAUUUUCUUUGCUUGUAACCAUACACAGUUUGUCUUGAAGAAUCCUCCUUUCUUUUAUUGGGAGGGGGCACCGAAACAAAAAGGAUAGGGUGCAUCUGAGGGAGGCUGUUGCUCAUUAGAUCAGGAAUCAGGAUAUAAGGACCCUUUAUAGUCUCCUUUUGGGUCCUCUCAUACGAGUCAUCCAGGGAGACACUUGUGUUGGGCCAUGGCAGGGUAUGUUCCUAAGAUAAGUGUUGCUGGAGAUGAGCCAGUGGUCACCACAGGUCAUAAAGAAAGAGGAAAAAAUGACAUUGAAGAGCGGCUUGGGUUCUUGGAGGACAAGAUCCUGAGUUGGGAUUCUGAUCAGUCCAUGAUUUGGGAUCGUGAUCCAGAGGAGGCUUCUAAGUAUCUAAAGGCAGUGGCUGAAGUCCGAGUGCUCACUGAAAACUUGGACAGUUUGCAUUUAGACAUCGAAGACAGGGAGCAUGAUGUACUCUUGAGCCGUGCAUAUAAUAUUCUACAGAUGGCAAUGGCAAGGCUGGAAGAGGAGUUUAUUCACCUUCUCAUUCAGUACCAGCAACCUGUGGAGCCUGACCGCAUGUCUUUUCGUUCAACUGAAGAGGAUUCUGUAGAUGCUUAUUCAUUUAGCUCCUUCGAUGAGGAGCAAGUUGAGGGUAGAAUUCGAGGUGAUAGUAGUAGGGGCUCCGAAGAGUUUGUAAUUGAUCUGGUUCACUCUUGUGCAAUCUUUGACCUUAAACGCAUAGCUGAAAUGAUGUUCUUGGCCAACUAUGACAAAGAAUGCUGUCAGGCUUAUAUCAGUCUUAGAAAGGAUGCACUAGAUGGGUGCUUAUCUGUUCUCUGCAUGGAAAGGUUCAGUAUUGAAGAUGUUCUGAAGAUGGAUUGGACUACAUUAAAUUGCAAGAUCAAGAGGUGGAACUGCAUGAUAAAAGUUUUCAUUCGGGUCUAUCUUGUCAGUGAAAGACGCCUUUGUGACCUUAUCUUCGGGGACUUAUCCCAGUCUGUAAGAGACUCUUGUUUUGUUGAGACCUCAAAGAGCUCAAUCCUGCAACUUCUCAACUUUGCUGAAGCUGUAGCGAUUGGACCUAUGAUGCCAGAUAAACUGUUCCGGAUACUUGAUAUGUAUGAAGGUUUGGCAGAUCUCUUCAUGGACAUACAAGCUUUGUUUCCUGAAGAGUGUGGUGCUUGCAUCUUAUUAGAAUGUCACGAGGUGUUGCUGAGAUUGGGUGAACAUUUGAAGGGUACCUUAAAUGGGUUGAAGAAUCGCAUUCGAACUAGCACAUCGAACAUUCCACUUGCUGGAGGUGGAAUACAUCCUCUUACAAAGUAUGUCAUGAACUACUUAAAUGUCCUGGUUGAUUCAAAUGAGAUCCUCAAUAUGCUUCUUGACGAUCAAGAUAGGAACCAGUCCGCACCAUUGGAAGAUGGCGGGGGGAGCUCCUAUCUCAAUUCCUCUCCAAUGGGCGGCUACCUCAAGGAUGUAACCUCAAUUCUUGAAUCCAACCUCGAGACUAAAUCGAUGUUGUACAAAGAGGAUUCCUUGCAGUAUUUCUUUAAGAUGAAUAAUGUGUGCUACAUGGUGCGCAAGGUCAAGGACUCUGAGCUAAGAAUGUUUCUUGGAGAUGACUGGAUCCGCGAGCACCGCAGGAAGUUCCGUCAUCAUGCUAUGUGCUAUGAGAGGGCUUCAUGGAAUCAUGUCCUCUCAUUCUUGAAGGAUGAGGGAAUUGGGAGCUCGGGCUCCAGCACUCCUUCAAAGACAAUUCUAAAGGAGAGAUUUCAAAAUUUCAACCUUGCGUUGGAAGAGGUGUACAGGGUCCAGACGGCAUGGAUAAUUCCAGAUGUCCAGCUUCGAGAAGAUCUGAGAAUCUCGAUAUCGCUCAAGGUGCUGCAAGCAUAUCGGACUUUCAUGGGUAGGUACGGUAAUUACCUAGAUGGUGCGAGACACCGCGAGAAGUACAUCAAAUACCACCCAGAUGAUCUGGAAAGCUGCCUGCUGGAUCUCUUUGAGGGGUCAGCAAAGGCUCUGCAUUACCCUCGUAGGAGGUGAAACCAAAACUGACAAUGUUUUCCAGGUUGUUUUUUUCCCUUUUCUGUUGAAAAAGUUUCACUAGCUAUUCAUGUUUGGCAACUAGCAUCAGAAAGUGUUUAGUCUUAAAAUUAGCAGUUUAGGAUGAUUUCUGGCUCCUAUAGGCUGCUUUUUCUGUCAUUUCCAAUGAUACUGUGAUACUCGGUAUACAUUGUUAUGUGUAAACUAUUUCUUUUAAGUUUCUGGAUCUUGGCUCCAACACA